UCUUCCCGUAAAUAUAAGUAUUCCAUAGUUGGAUAAAACCAACUAAUAGUUGUCAAACAUGGAUGACCGCACAAUAGAUUCCAUUUUUUCGGGCUCGCUUGAGUCAUUGCCGCCGGUUAGCUCCAAAAUUGUGCGUAUCUUCACCAGCUCGACGUUUACGGACACGACUAUGGAGCGAAAUACACUUAUGGCCAAGUGCUAUCCGAGAAUAAAGGACUACUGUCGGGAGAAGCACGGUCUGGAGUUUCAGGUGGUUGACAUGCGUUGGGGCGUUCGAGAUGAGGCCACGGACGAUCAUAUGACCACAGAGCUGUGCAUGCGGGAAAUUAAGAAUUGCCAACGCUUAUCGAUGGGUCCCAAUUUUAUAGUGUUUCUUGGCCAGAAAUAUGGUUAUAGACCCAUACCAACCUACAUCGUUUCCUCCGAGCUGCAGCUCAUUUGUGAGGAGUUGACAUCGAUGGGCGUCGAUCGCGCAUUACUUGAUCUUUGGUAUAAGAAGGACAGCAACGCUGUUCCUCCGAUAUCGGUACUGCAGCCCAUCUCGUCGAUAUUGAUUAAUUUCAACAACAAGCGUGUUCCCAAACUGCAAGCCGAGGAUCAAGCCGUGUGGUGGGACACUCUAAACAAAAUGCAGAAGCUGCUGCGUAAGGCAGCUGCUUCACUUGGAGCUAGCAAUAAAAUGUCCAAGGAUGAUGUCCAUAACUAUUUCAUGUCUGUCACCGAGCGGGAAGUGAUUAAUGGAAUUUUGAAUGUGAAAAAUACGAAAAAUCACUGUCUGGCCUAUGUGCGAUAUAUCAACAACAUCAAUUUACAAAAUUUGAAGAAGGCUUCGCUCUUUGUGGACAUUAUCAAUCGUAGUUUGGACACGGAAUCGGCUAAGCUGUUGGGGGAUCUGCGCGAUACGCGCUUACCCAAUAAGAUGGAGGCCAGCAAUUCGCAAAAAUAUACGGUUGAGUGGAUCGGCCGCGAGGGCCUGGACAUUGAAACGCACGAGGAAUAUUUAAAUCAUUUCAUUUCGCAUUUCUAUAAGAAUGUUGUUAAGCUUGUAGAUCGGGCCAUGCGCAAAGAAGACUCCAGUGCACAGGGGCAGAUAGUAACUGAAAUCCUUCAGCAUUUGCACGCUUGUAACAAUUCGGUGAAAAUAUUUUACGGACGCGAGGAAAGUUGCGAACGUAUAAAGCGAUAUAUGCUGGGGGAUUCAGAUAAGCCACUUGUCCUUUUUGGCGACGGAGGUUGCGGUAAAACUUCAUUAUUGGCCAAGAGCGCUUCAUUGGUGGCAACCGAAUGGUUUGCCGAUAAGCGACCUAUAAAUGUUAUACGGUUCCUAGGCACCACGCCAGAUUCGAGUGCCUUGACAGCUACAUUGAUUUCGAUUUGUCAGCAGAUAUCGUACAACUAUAUGCUACCCUUUGAGAAUAUACCAGAUGAUCUUGUACCUUUAACAGCACAUUUUAAGCAAUUACUAACUUACGCAAGUGUGAGCCAACCGCUGACCUUAUAUUUAGAUUCAGUUGAUCAGUUGACGGGUACUCAAGACUCGAAUAAAGUGUCGUGGAUACCAACACGCCUUCCACCACAUUGUAAGAUAAUUAUUUCGUGUGCAAACGAGCCUGCUAAUCCUACGGUUUCGCACGAGUACCACGUCCUCUGCAAAAUGAUUGACGUUGAGGAGAACUUUAUAGAGGUGACUGCCUUGGGCGAGGAUCUGGCUAUGAAUGUCAUUAAAAUGUGGAUGAAGACCGCGUGUCGCGAUCUUAACAACUACCAGUGGCGCUUGGUGGCAAAUGCAAUUAGCAAAUGCUCUCUGCCCAUAUUCGUAAAGCUGGUCUUUGCCGAGAUAUGUCGAUGGCGUAGUUAUACGCGUCCGCAGGAGACUCAUUUAGCCAAUACCGUCAUGGACUCAAUCAUGCUCCUGUUCGAACGGGUGGAAAAACAGCACGGUCGUAUUUUGGUCUUUCAUGCGCUAGCCUAUAUAACUGCUUCGAAAUCGGGAUUGUCUGAAAGCGAGCUGGAGGAUUUGAUCUCAUUGGAUGACAAAGUUCUAGACGACGUCUAUCAGUAUCAUAUGCCUCCAGUGCGGCGUAUCCCGCCAUUGUUGUGGACACGUAUACGCAACGAUUUACCCAACUACCUGAGUGAACGUGAAGCCGAUGGGGUAAAUGUGAUGAAUUGGUACCAUCGGCAGUUUCGUGACACGGCCAAGGAGCGAUAUUUUAAGAACAUGAAUAUGGCGAUUUAUUUUCACUCUAUGAUUGCAGACUAUUAUCUUGGUAUUUGGGGCGGAGGUAUACCAAAACCGUUUAGAUUCACAGAAAUUCAAAGGCAUCGAUUUGGCCUGACGGAAAAGGAAGGAUCGGCAGACCGGAAAGUGCCAAUUCAACCGCUGGUUUUUACAAGUAAAGAUGGCCUUUCUAAGCGUUACAAUUUGCGGAAGUUCGGCGAGCUACCAUUUCAUUUCGUGCGAUCGCGUCGCUUUAAGGAUCUAUUUGAGCACGUGCUCUUUAACUACGACUGGCUGCACGCCAAGCUCUCCAGCUGUCCUUUGCAGGCUGUCCUGGCCGAUUUCGAGGAUGCCUCGACUAACACUGAUGACAAGGAAGCCAAACGUGAGCUUAUGCUGGUGGCUGACGCGUUACGCCUAGGUGGGGCCAUCUUGGCCAUAUACCCUAAUAUGCUGGCACCACAGUUAAUAGGCCGCUUGUUACCCGAAAUUGGGGGUAAUCCAAACAUAAAAAUGUUAUUGCGGGCCUGUGACAGCUCUGGACCCAAGGACUGUGCUCUCAUACCUGUCAAUCAUUGCCUGCACACGCCCGGUGGGCCACUCAAGUAUUCGUUAGAGGGACAUCAGUUCGCUGUGUUCGCGUUUUGCUUGACUAGUGACAUGCGCUACAUGGUCUCCAUAUCAACGCACUUCAUUACCUUUGAUUUGUCCACCUCGGACUUAACCCGGGAUGUUAACCCGGGCAUCGAGGGCAUUAUGCAGCAACUGGUUCUGAGUCCGGACAACAAAUGGGCGGCUGCCUAUUCAAAUAACAAUCAAACAGUCCUCCUCAACAUGUUGUCCAGCGAAUUUGUGGUGAUUAACAGUCCUUUUGAGGAAAAUGAUGGUCCAGUAAGUGGACUACAUCUGCUAAAUCAGAAUCUGUUUAUCACUUGCAAACUACGUUGGGCUCAAUUCGAUAUGCGUGGCAAUCUUGUGGAUUCACGGGAGGUACCUGGCGAGAAUAAAGAUUGGGAGAUAUUGACUAUGGAGUUCUUCAGUCCCAAGGACUAUAAUGUAAUAUUCUGGUCGGGUUCAAUAAAUGAAAUGCGCCUGCGCCUAAACUCUUGCCGUUCCGGAAACUACUCUAAAUCGCAGAAUUUCUUCAGCGCUUUGGCCAUGAACAAGGCUCGAACCAAAGUUUACGGCUGCGCCAAUGAGGAGAACUUUGAGGUGUCCAUCUACGAGUUCAUAGAGGAUGAAGCGAGUGGCGAUAUACAUUGGUCGCUUUUGGGGAGCCUGCCACGCUACGAAAAUGACGACAAGGAAAUAUUAUUGCAGCUGAGGUUGGAUCAGCACGAUCGCAUGCUUUUGGGCACUGCUGGCAAGGGGUUUGUCAUAUGGGACUUCGGCGGUAAGGAUCAGGAUGGCGCUGAGCAACGUCUAACUGAAGGGGCUAUGUAUUUGGCGCUCCCACAUGGCGUACGUAAUAUAACCACUCGGAUUAUGCAAUCGAAUUCGAUUAUGGUCAGCUCGAAGCUAGACUAUGCAGUCGCGGGGGUGCGUAAAAACCUAUACGUGUGGUGCUUGAGCUCAGGCCAAUUGGCCAAAGUAUUGGAUGCCCAUUUCGGGCGUAUCAUACAGCUAGAAGCGUUGACAAUUGGAAACUGGAAUAAUGUCGUUACCUCUUCCAUUGAUCGAUCAGUGAAGGUGUGGAACAUAAACAACAUAUUUGAAAAGGUCCAUGUCAUAGAUCGACAUGAGCUGCAAAUCGAUGAUAUAAGUCUCUCCGAAGUAGAUAUCGCAGUCACGGUGACCCGCAGCUGUGUAGGUGUUUGGGAGACACGGUCUGGGCGUCUACUCUCGAAAUUAGCAGACAGCCCAUUGGGCGCCAUUGUGACACAUGCAGAGAUAACACCCGAUGGACGUUACAUUAUCUCCUCGGAAACGGGUAAAUUUUUAGUUUGGAACCGGGUCUCGGAACAGGUGGUUUAUCGUGACGACCAACCCGGCAUUCAACAAAUCACACUUAUGGAUUAUGGCUACAAGGUGCUGACAGUGUCGGUGCCAAACAUCAAUCAAAGAGAUAUAAUUGCAGCAGCCGGCGAGGAGACGAAUCGUUUGACGGCCAUCGCAACAGUGCGAUCCGUGCCAGAGGGCACGAUUAUUUUCCGCUUCGAUUUCCCCAUUCGUAUGGUAACUGGCCUGCCCUUUCGCCAAUCGGUUAUAACUGCGGAUAAUGCUAAUAUCGUAGUGUGCACUGUAGAUAAGGCGAACAAGGAUUGUCUAGGCGUUUACAGUGCUACGAAUGGCUCAUUUAUAUCAAAAGUAUUGCUCAAAGGCUGCUCAAUGAAGGAAGUGUUUUCCUUAGUGCCUAUGCCUCACAAGGCAAACCAGGUAGCUGUGAUAAGCAGUGAAAAGGGCAGCAUUAUGGAUAUUAAAACGAAGAAGCAUGUUCGGUCCAUUCCGAAAUGGGGCGGUAGCAUUACACGGGACGGUAAAUGUGGACUCUAUGCACCUACCAGAGGUGGCUUGGAGAUGCUUGAGCUGCGUAAGGGCACGACCGUCAAGACCUAUAUACCGAAAGUGGCCGAAGGUGUUUUCUCGGUUAUUUGCAUAUUCACCGAGAACGAUGAGUACGUGGCGUACUACCACAGUGGUCGCAAGACCAUACGCGUCUUCCGCACCAUGGACACUGAAAUGAUAGCCAACUAUCGGUUGCAAGCAGAAUUGACGGCUAUUAAGAGCAGCAAGGAUGGUCGUGCCAUAGUUUUGGGAACUGUCGACGGAUGUAUGUCCGUACUAGCGAUUGUAGAUCCCAAGAAGGAAGAGAUGAUUGAGUACUUGAAUGCCCUGCCAUCGCGCGACAUCAAUUGGAAAUCAAAGCUGGCCAAGAUGAAGGCACGUGUGGGCUUUAAGGCCGCCAUACGAGUGGCCACGAUUUCGUCUCGGUACGCAAGCAAAUCGAAGAAUGGAGAAGGCGAUGAGGAGGAAGUACUUACGGAUAUUACUGAAGAUGUGGUGCCAGUUGCCGAAUAGUUCAAAAAUAGCUUCGCUGGUAUAAUUAGAAAUAUAACAUUUAUUCUUGCAUAAAUAAUGAUGUGGUUACAAAAAUACGCCUGUGUGAUUGUGAUCGUAAUGUUAAACAGAAUGAAGCCUAAACUAAAAAUUGUUAAAAAGAAAACGUUCAUGUUUUACGGAUAA